UUGCCCCCAUCGGUCGCUGAGGGAAAAUGAACGGCUGUCUUGUUCAUCAUGACACCUGCUGAAUGAAGGCGGCAUGCUGGAGGUAAACAACGCGAUGAAAUGUUGACACUCGCCAGGCGUCGUCAUGCCAAAUGGAAAUUGUACACACAGCCAACAGUCAGGAAGCAGCGACUUUGAGGGUCAUGCAGGGAAUGUGUCACCUGUUGUGCUGCAGGUUUCAAUCCCAACCAAAGGGGGGAUGCAGAAAGAAGAGGCCGACGUCACCGUCUAUAUGGAUUUCAUGAAGACUCAUUGCUGCUACGAAGCCAUUCCAACCAGUUGUAAACUGGUCAUUUUUGACACCAAGCUCCAAGUGCAAAAAGCCUUUAAUGCGCUGGUGGCCAACAGCUUGAGGGCUGCACCUUUAUGGGACAGCAAGUUGCAGAAGUUUGUGGGUAUGCUGACUAUUACAGAUUUCAUCAAUAUCCUACAUUGUUAUUACAAGUCCCCUUUGGUGCAGAUGUACGAGCUGGAGAGCCACAAGAUUGAGACAUGGAGAGAUGUCUACUUGAAGUCUUCCCCUCAGCUUCUGAUUAGCAUUUCUCCAGAUGCCAGCCUCUUCGACGCCAUCUAUUCCUUACUCAAAAACAAGAUCCACAGACUGCCCGUCAUAGAUCCACAGUCGGGGAACGUCCUGCACAUUCUGACCCACAAAAGGAUCCUUAAGUUCCUCCAUAUAUUUGGGAAAAAGGUUCCCAAGCCUGUGUUCGUUCACAGGCAGAUCCAGGAGCUGGGAAUAGGAACUUUCAGAAACAUUGCCACUGUCCACCAAACAGCGACACUUUACGACGCACUUUCCAUAUUUGUGGAUAGGAGGGUGUCCGCACUUCCAGUGGUUGAUGAAGGAGGCAAAGUGGUGGCACUCUACUCAAAAUUCGAUGUUAUCAAUCUGGCUGCCCAGAAGACCUACAACAAUCUCCAUGUGACCAUGCUGGAGGCCCUUUGUCGGCGCACGUGUUUCGUGGAGGGCGUGAUCAAGUGCUAUCCGGAUGAAACACUGGAGACCGUCAUAGACCGUUUAGUCACAGCUGAGGUCCAUCGGCUGGUGCUGGUGGACAGAGGUGACGUGGUGAGAGGCAUCAUCUCACUGUCUGACCUGCUGCAAGCUAUGGUCUUAACCCCAGCAGGUAUUGAAGCCCUCUUGUCCUAGCGGGGGUCACGGGGGCCCGAAUCUUGGUCAGUGUAGGCUUCAGUCCUGGCUGUCCUCCCAGGCAG